GAUUUUAAAUUAUCUUUAUCCAUGCCAAAAGUAUUAUCAUAAUUUUCUGACUGCUUAUUGAGCUGUGUCCUCUGUGUCUAAAACUUAAUGUAGAUUUGUUGUUAUUGCAAGACUGAUUUCUACAGUAAGGACUCAGUGUAAGGAAACUGUUUAACAGGUUCUAUCAUUUCUCAUUGACAAACAUAUUUUUAACUUUAAAUUUUUAUUUUUAAAAUAAAAAUAAACAUCUUAUUUGCUUUGAUGUCAAUCAUAUAAAUCCAGAACUAUGUCAAACAGCAGAUUCAGGCUCUGCAGGAAGGAAAAGGUCAGAGAGAAGUGUAUUUAUCCAGAGCAGUUACUAUGAUGACUGAGUUUAAGUUUCCUUCCUGAAAGAAACUGAAAGGCCAGAGUUUCUUUCACUAAGUUUUCCAGUCUGGAACAGAUCUCCAAGCUGUAUUGAGGACACAGCUGAUUAGUUAUAAAGGAAAUGAUCAUUAUUGUGCAGCAGUGUUAUAGAUUCUGUAUAACUUUUUCUCUUUUUCUCUGUAGUUAUACUGUGGAGCUAGCUGUUUAGACCAGGUGGCUGAUAAUGGAGGAUCACACCAUUCACCAGACAGAGCACAUGACCACCAUCGAGGCCAGCGCCGUAAGCCAACAGGUCCAGCAGGUGCACGUGGCCACCUUUACAGAGGCAUCUAUGAUGAGUGCUGAAGAAGACUCAACAUCCUCGCCAGAUGAUGACCCUUAUGAUGACACAGACAUCCUCAACUCAGCCGGUACUGAUGAGGUCACUGCUCACCUGGCAGCUGCAGGACCAGUGGGCAUGGCGGCCGCUGCUGCUGUGGCAACCGGUAAGAAAAGAAAAAGGCCUCACAUCUUUGAGUCCAACCCUUCAAUCCGCAAGAGGCAGCAGACCCGUCUGCUCAGAAAACUGCGAGCAACGCUGGAUGAGUAUACCACCAGGGUGGGCCAGCAAGCCAUCGUCUUGUGCAUCUCUCCCUCCAAGCCAAACCCUGUGUUUAAGGUGUUUGGUGCUGCUCCGCUAGAGAAUGUGGUUAGAAAGUAUAAGGGCAUGAUGUUGGAGGAUCUGGAGAACGCCCUGGCAGAGCAUGCCCCAGCUGGUGGAGAGCUGGCCUCAGAGCUGCCCCCUCUCACCAUUGAUGGCAUCCCUGUCUCUGUGGAUAAGAUGACCCAGGCCCAGCUGCGGGCUUUCAUCCCAGAGAUGCUGAAAUACUCCACGGGCAGAGGGAAACCUGGCUGGGGCAAGGAGAGCUGCAAACCAAUCUGGUGGCCCGAGGACAUCCCUUGGGCCAAUGUUCGCAGUGAUGUCCGCACAGAGGAGCAGAAACAGAGAGUGUCUUGGACGCAGGCGUUGCGGACAAUAGUGAAGAACUGCUAUAAGCAGCAUGGCCGUGAAGAUUUGUUAUAUGCUUUUGAAGACCAGCAGGUAACAACGGCAGCCGCUACCCAGCACCACCUGACCACUGCACAGAGCAUAGCUCACCUUGUGCCCUCGCAGACCGUCGUACAGACCAUCAACAACCCUGAUGGGACCGUCUCACUUAUCCAGGUUGGCACAGGACACACAGUUGCUACUCUAGCAGACGCCUCGGAGCUUCCUGGUGUAACAGUGGCCCAGGUUAACUACUCAACUGUGACAGAUGGAGAGGUGGAGCAGAACUGGGCCACCCUCCAGAGUGGAGAGAUGACAAUCCAGACAACGCAAGCAUCAGAGGCCACACAGGCAGUCGCUUCUCUGGCUGAAGCUGCAGUCGCUGCUAGCCAUGAGAUCCAGCCUGGAACCACUGUCACUAUGGCUCUAAACAGUGAGGCAGCAGCCCAUGCUGUAGCGACGUUGGCGGAGGCCACUCUUCAAGGAGGGGGGCAGAUUGUCCUGGCAGAAACAGCAGCUGCUGUUGGGGCUCUUGCAGGGGUUCAAGAUGCCACAGGUUUGGUCCAGAUUCCAGUCAGCAUGUACCAGACUGUAGUGACCAGCCUCGCCCAGGGCAACCGGCCUGUCCAGGUUGCCAUGGCACCUGUCGCCACACGUAUAGAUAACACAGUCACACUGGACGGCCAGGCUGUGGAGGUUGUGACCCUAGAGCAGUGACACUAUGGACCUUGGAUGGAGUAGAAAGCACUGGAAAGCCACAUUGGAGAUAGGUUUUUCUCUCCUGUAUUCCAAGACAUCACAUUGUGUAAAAUGUCGAAUAUAUUUUUAAAUGUACAUCUGCAGGGGAAGUCAAAGUGAGUGAUCAAUGCAUUGUGUUUACUAUGUACAGAUAAUGAUUUUUUUGGUGGGGUUUUUUUUCCAUUUAGAUGUAUGUUUUUUAAGCUGUGAUGUUUAGUAUUUAGUAUUUAUUUCAAUGCAGUUAACCUUCACUUAAAACAAAAAUGAACCAAAAACCCCAGGAGGAAAGCCACAACUGCACCUGUGUGUUAACUAUCAAUGUUCUGGAUUUUUAGUAUCUUCUGUGUGCUUUCUGUUUUUAGCAUACAUGUAACAUGCAGUGCCAUAGACAAAUCAUUAAUUGGUUUUCCAUGUUCUCAAUCACCACUCAAAAAGUUUUUUUUCCCCCACCCUCACCUGAUUCUUACUGUACAAGAGCAGCAGAUAAGCUGCAGACACUCCCAUUUUUCUCACAUUGGAU